GCUGCUACUAGAGACAUUGGCGUCUGGGAGGAUGAUGGCGGCGACGACCUUGUCGUAUGGGGUUUCGCUUCUACGUGGAUGGCUGCCCAGUGUACAUAAUGUUCGGCACGGCUCCAAGGCUGUAACCCGUCAUCGAAAGCCCAUGCACUUCCUUAAACAGAAGUUGAUGGCUGUAACAGAGUAUAUACCUCCAAAGCCAGUCAUUCCAGAUAGGUGUCUUAAACCUCUGCCUAAACGGAAUCAAGAGGAAAGUGGUCUCGUGAAGGUUCUAAAGAGAGAGGUGGAGAUGAUGUUCCAAAACAACAAAAUGAUUGCAGUAUUUCAAAACAACUCGUCCUCUUCUGAGGAUUUGCUUCUUAUUAAGUAUCGGCUCCAGAAGUAUGACAUCACUGUGAAAUUUUUCCCAAACCAGGUGAUGCGGUCAUUCCUGUCUACCUCUAAAUACAUCAACAUGCUUCCGCUCUUCUCUGGGCAUAACGUCUUGCUGGUGAGCAGAGAACCUAAAACAAAAGAAAUGCUGAAAGUAGUGAAGAACACUCCACAGAUAUCUUUGCUUGGUGCCUGCAUUGAAGACACCAUUCUAAGUCACAAAGGUGUUCAUGACUAUUCCAGAUUACCAUCUGUAGCUGUAAUCCAGGGGCAGGUGGUGGGUGGCCUGACCCAGAUGACAUCACAAACCCGGGACUUAAUUAGACACAACCCUCUAUAUCUUUCUAUGCUGUUGAAACGCUAUGUCGAUCAGCCAAAGAGUGGAAAAGAAGGCGUAGAAGGUGCAGAAGAGAAAGAGAAGACCCAAACUGAGCCCAGCUAGAGCUCAGGACUGAAGCAAUUUGUUCUAUUGCACUUGACUUCUGAGGGGUCAUGCUCCACGCACAAUUGUUUUUUAUUCUACUUACUUUCAGUUGUGUUGACUUCCUACAAUGCUGUUGGAAAUGUGUAUUCUGAUUAGUAAAAGUACAGUAUGUAUUUUUGUAAUUUUAAUUGGCUGUGAUUAUCAUACUAAAGAUAUUGAUCAGUGCUGUGCUUUGGUUAUUAUUUAAAUAAAGUAAAAUCACUCUUUUCCUUGAAAGGGAUUUAAAUACAUGCCUUUCCAGGUACAGCUCAUCGUAAAAGAUAUCAGUUCAGGCUGUGGGAUCAAAUUUUCUUUCUACAGUGUUAAGUAUUUGCAUCUCAUUUAAGUGACCGUGCAGAGAUAGUCUGACUCAUUUAGAAAUGCAGGCUUACAAACUCAGUGACCUCCUUUCUUUGACUCGGUGCUAAUUUGUGCAGUGCUCCGUGCAAGGACAGGCUUGUGGGUCACAAAACUAGAGAAAAAUGGAAGGGUAACAUGUUCAACAUGGAAUAGCCAAAACUUUGUCUUAAAAAAAAUUACCAUUGGAGGAAAUGUAUAUUCAUGUUCUCCAUAUUAGUAUUUCCAUACAAUUCUGGAAACAUGGUGAUUGAUUUUAGAAUAAUACUGCUGUGUUUUGUUUUUGGUAGUCAUGUCCCAAUUAAAUGCUAUUUGGAUCAAUUGGUGACUCUAAAGUGGCCUAGAGUGACUUUGAACAUGUUUCUCAGUUGUGGGCAUCUUAUCCAGGUUUGUUUCAUGCAGCUUCUUGUCAAGGUUUGCUAUGCCCCACCUCCCUAAUCCUGAAUUGGACUGAUUAUUGGGACAUUGCUCUCUACUGCAAACAGGGCCACCAAACAUUAUCAGAGACCACACUUGCCCCCAUAAUCGUCUGUUUAUUCUAACAAGUGCUACCAAAGUAUAUGGUGCAGAACUGCCAGGUUUUUCCCACAAGCCAUUAGACACUUAAAUUCUGAUCGGUCUGUUGUUACAGUUCAGUAUGUAAUUUAUCUGUUCAAUAUUAACUUCUGUUAUUGUCAUGUUCAAUGUAUGUGGUAGAUUCUGUUGUAUUGUAGGGUGUAUGCAUUUAAGCCUGCAUGUUGGCAAUUCUCUGUUAUUUUUGUUCGCUAUAAUUGGGCUGGGUGGCGCAAUCUUAUUCUGUCUGCUGUGCACUGCUUACGAAUGACAACUGAAGUGAACUUUAGAUAGGAGGAUCCUCUCAACAGGUGGCAUCACAGUGCUCAUGGCUCACUAUGGUGGAUUCACCGUGGCGUUUGAAUGUUUUAGAGGCGCAGGUCUGAGGGUUAAUUUGAUCGCCAGCUUUAAAAUGUGCUGAAUCGGAUUCAGUUAAGAGUAGACUCACGAUUAACCCUGCGCUGGGUGAAUUGAGGUUGCAUCGCCACUCCUCCAAGAUGGGUGGCACUGUGAUUCCUUGUAGCGAGGAGGCGGGGAGAGAGCAGGGGAAGGCGGGCUUUGGCAUUCGUGACGGUGACGUCGUCAAUGUGCCAGCUGGACGCGCUCAAUCCAGGAAACGGCUGCAAACAAACCAGAGAGUUGGCGACCGCCAAGCAGGUAAAGGGAUAUCGGGCUUUGAGACGUUGGCGUACUGAGCCUCGAGACGGCGACCGGCUUAGUGACCGGUACAUAGUGGCCAGACAGUAGCCAGUAAAGCGUGCCGCGAAGAAACGUUGGUUCAAUUGAGAAGGUAGAGCGGAGCGGAAAGGUGCGCAAGCAUUCAAAUGUAUACAGUGAUUUUUAAAGGAGAAAUAAAUUAAAGGGUAUCUAAUAUUGGGAAACCGUGCUGGAAUGUUGUGCACUACGUCCGUCCCGGAGGCAGCGGUCUGGCGCGCGCGCUGCUCUCCAGAUGUCAAGUGGUGUGUCCUGUGAUCGUUUUGCGCCGGUGUGCACGAUUCUGGUAAAAAAAAAAAA